CUGUCAGAUGAGGCGGUGAGCCCCCUGAGAAAGCCGGGUGUGGGGAGGGGGCCAGCUAGUUGGCUGGCUGGGAGUGAUAGGCGCGCACCAUGCUGCACCAUGCAGGACCCCACACUAGCAAACUUGUCAAACAGGUGGCCGCCUGCUGCCUUCUGCUCCCCCGCUUCCUGCUCACAGCCCUAAUGCUGUGGCUACUGGACUUCCCAUGUAUCAGGAGGAAAGUCCUGCUCAGUGCCCGGGAGCAGGAGGAGGAGACCCCCGAGAGGGACGACCCCCCAGUCUGCGUGUCGGACUCCAACAGGAUGUGCACGGUGGAGUCCUUGCGGGCGGUGUGGCAUGGCCAGAAACUGGACUACUUCAAGUCUGCCCACCUGGGCUGCCCUGCCCCCAACACUGAGGUGGUCCCCCUGGAUGGGCAGAGGCUGUGCCGGGUGCUGGACUUCUGUCAGGCGCACAGACCCCUGGUAGUGAAUUUUGGGAGCUGCACCUGACCCCCUUUCAUGGCUCGGCUGCAGGCAUACCACCGGCUGGCAGUACAGCACAUGCACAUGGCAGACUUCCUGCUGGUAUACAUAGAGGAGGCUCAUCCUUCUGAUGGCUGGGUGAGUACAGACUCAUCUUACCAAAUCCCCAGGCACCAGUGCCUCCAGGACCGGCUGAAUGCUGCCCAGCUGAUGGUGCAGGGUUUGCCAGGCUGCAGGGUGGUGGUGGACUCAAUGAGCAAUGCAUCCAAUUCUGCCUAUGGGGCUUACUUUGAGAGGCUCUAUGUCAUCCUGGAGGGCAAGGUGGUGUACCAGGGAGGCAGAGGACCUGAGGGGUACAAGAUCUCUGAGCUAAGGAGCUGGCUGGAGCACUAUGAGAGGCACCCAAGGGACACUAGCCCUGUUGUGAUCCAGAUCUAAGAGACAGUGAUGGGGGGGUGGGGGGGGGGGGGGGAAGUAUUGCAGUCACAGUUACUGUAACAUCACCCAGCAGUAUUCUAGAACUCUCAGAUGGGGCAGCGUUCUCCUGAUACUUUUUUUAUUUUUAUUAUUUUGUGGCCAGAUUUGGAAGGAGCUGCAACUCCUAUCACCCUCAGAUCAGCCCUUGUCCCGUGGUGAUGGGAGUUGCUACCACUACCCCUCGCAGCAACAACAACAGCAAAAAUCUGACAGUGCCUCAUUUCAUUUUUUAUUUAAUGUUUUUUAUUAUUUUUUUUAUUUUUUUUUCAUUGCUGCCAUAAAGAAGAAAUGAAGGGACAUUUGGCUACUGUGAAAGGAAAGACUUAAUCAAAUGCAACAUUGAUUUGUAAGCUGCAAGAAUAAGCUACAAUGUUUGUUUUCUUAUUAAUGUGUUGGUUUUUUUAUAUAUAUUUUUGUAUUUUUUUUUUUUUUUUUGUAGAAUUCUUGUUGCUUGCGUCAGAGGGUGUAAUAAUAAUAAUAAAUAAUAACGUGUUCAUUGCUGUGCUAGUGCUGAACCUGCGGGUGUUUAAAUGAAGACCGGUUUUGAAAUGGUUAAAUAUUCACCAAAAAAUCGUUGUCUGAUGUUGCUAAUUACCUACAGAUCACUCAGUAUUAGGUGCAGUAAAAAAAGGAAAAAGAAGAAAAAGUUUAUUUAUGUGACUUUUGUAAGCAGACUUUUAUAAUAAAGGAUUUUUUA